AUGCCUCUCGGUCCUAGGCAGCCGUAUCGCGGCGCGCACCGCAAGUUGGUCCUUGCGUUUGAUAUUGGGACCACAUACAGCGGUGUGAGUUACAGUAUCUUGGAUCCAGGCGAGGUGCCACAAACUCAAGGCGUACGGCGGUUUCCAGGUCAGGAAAAUAAUGCAAGUGACUCGAAAAUCCCGUCCAUACUUUAUUAUAACAAAAACGGUCAAGUAAUGGCUGUGGGCGCCGAGGCUUUGCUUCCUCACAUCAUGGAUCAAGCCGAGGACGAGAACUGGACGAAGGUCGAGUGGUUCAAGCUCCACCUUCGUCCUCAUGCAGCAUCUGUUGAGGGCAAGAUCGACUUCGUGUUCAGCCACCCGAACGGCUGGGGUGGUGUUCAGCAGAGGAGGAUGAGGAGCGCCGCGGUUGCUGCAGACCUCAUCGAGGAUACACCACAUGGCCAUGCGCGGGUCACUUUUGCUACCGAGGGAGAGGCGUGCAUACACUUCUGCGUGCGUAGCGGGCUAGCUGCGAACGCAUUUGAGGGCGGCACAAAUAUCAUGGUCGUCGACGCUGGUGGAGGAACAGUAGAUAUCAGCACAUAUAGGAUGGAAGGCAGAGACAAUAUCAACUUGGAGGAAAUUUCCGCCCCGGAAUGCCUUUUUCAGGGGUCCGCUAUUGUUGGCUUCAGAGCUCGUGAAUAUCUGAAGCAUCAAUUAUCUGGAUCACGCUACGGUCAGGAUCAGGAUGUGGACGAGAUGGCGAGGCAGUUCGACAAGACUACCAAGACUAUCUUCAGGAGCCCGGAAGAUACAGCGUACAUACGCUUCGGUUCCAUGCGUGAUAAAGACCCGCAGUACAAUAUCAGAAACGGGCAGUUGACGCUGUCUGGUGCGGAGGUGGCGUCGAUCUUCAAGCCGUCCAUCGAGGCUACGAAGGAAGGGAUAAAUCGGCAAUGCAAUGACACAGCAGACUCGAUCUCUAUGAUUUUCCUUGUCGGGGGCUUUGCUGCAAGCCCUUGGUUGUUUUCUCAAUUAAGUGACUAUGCAACUAGUCUCCACGUUGGCCUUUCCAGACCGGAUACUCAUACAAACAAAGCAGUAGCAGAGGGCGCAAUAUCUUUCUACCUCGACCACUUUGUGUCUGUUCGCGUAACCCGGUUCACAUACGGCGCGAAUGUUCGUAUAUGCUACAAUCCGGCAGAUCCAGAGCACCUUCGACGAGUCGAUAAGGCUUAUGUCGACGAUGCAGGUAUCAAACGCGUCAAAGACGCCUUUCAGGUUGUCUUGCCCAAGGGCACAAGAGUCUCCGAACAAAAGGAGUUCACACAACCGCUCACAAGAUUGUCUCGACAUGUGCAAUCUCUGCAGACAGUCUGCGCGAGCGUCAUCUGCUAUACAGGACAGCUUAACCACCCCCGGUGGACAGACUUGGAGCCGGAAGCAUUUACGUCCCUGUGCACUGUCGAAGGCGACACAUCACUUGUUCCUCACGUGCCGAAAGAUGGCCCGAACGGGGUGUACUAUACGCAAGACUUUCAUCUAAUCCUUUCUUUCGGCCUGACGGAGCUCAAAGCUCAGCUGAGCUUGCGGGAAAAUGAUGAGGUAGACGACGCAUAUAGGGAUUUGAAUCCGGGCUGA